AUGUCAAGCAAGAGUUUCUUCAAUUUCAAAUAUGGUGUUUCAAGAAAAUCAUCAUCUCCUAAAACCCCACCACCACCGUCGUCAAAACAACCACUCCAGCCAUCAAAAUCCAGUUCGCCGGCAGUUUUCCAGCCAAACGCCGGCGAGAUGAGACGGGUGUUCAAUAAAUUUGACAAGAACAAGGACGGCAAGAUUUCCAAGGAGGAGUACAGUUCAGCCGUCGGCGCACUUGGUGGCAAGAACGCUAAAUCGGAGGUGACCAAGGCGUUUCAAGCCAUAGACACCGACGGCGACGGGUUUGUUGACUUUGACGAGUUUAUGGAGGCGCAGAAGUCCGACGGUGGAGUCAAAACGGGGGAUAUCAAGAGUGCGUUUAAGGUGUUUGAUCUGGACGGAAACGGAAAAAUAACGGCGGAGGAGCUGUUACAGGUGCUGAGGCAGCUAGGAGAGAGGUGUAGCUUAGAGGGUUGCCGGAAAAUGGUGAAAGGGGUGGAUGCGGACGGCGAUGGGAUGAUUGACGUUGAUGAAUUCAUGGGUUUAAUGACUCGGACCAUGAAAUUAGCAUAA